AUUUAUUGCAUACGCAUAGUGUUACACAAAUAACGGCGGCUCAAACUAGACAUUCCAGGGAACCGAAGUGUCAAUAGCGGGUUAACAAACGCGCAGCCAAAACACUGAAACGGUCCAACUAGAAAUUAUAGCACCGCACUUCCCCCCUAUAACACCUGCAACACUCUCGCUCGCUCUACUGCUGAGACUCUCACUCCCGCAAGCAAACCAAAAGCACACAACAGCUAGCCAAGAUGUUCAUUUGGGACUGGUUCACGGGUGUUCUGGGAUACUUAGGUCUAUGGAAAAAGUCCGGCAAACUGUUGUUCCUUGGCUUGGAUAAUGCUGGUAAAACCACAUUAUUGCAUAUGCUCAAAGAUGACAAGCUUGCACAGCAUGUGCCUACACUGCAUCCAACAUCCGAGGAGCUGUCCAUUGGCAAUAUGCGUUUCACUACAUUCGAUUUGGGUGGCCACACUCAGGCACGUCGUGUGUGGAAGGAUUACUUCCCCGCUGUGGAUGCCAUCGUGUUCUUGAUAGACGCCUGGGAUCGUGGCCGCUUCCAGGAGAGCAAAAACGAGCUGGAUUCGCUGCUCACGGAUGAGGCGCUGUCCAAUUGCCCCGUGCUCAUAUUGGGCAACAAAAUUGAUAAGCCCGGUGCGGCCAGCGAGGAUGAGCUGAGGAAUGUGUUUGGACUGUAUCAGUUAACGACCGGCAAGGGCAAAGUUGCACGCUCCGAUUUGCCUGGUCGCCCGUUAGAAUUGUUCAUGUGCUCUGUACUGAAGCGACAGGGUUAUGGCGAGGGUUUCCGUUGGUUAGCGCAGUAUAUUGAUUAAGUCAAGAUUAACCAUAACAAAACAAAACAAACAAAAAAAGGAAAAUAACAAACAGAAAUCAACAGCAGCAACAGCAAAAAACACACACAAAAAUUCAGUACAGACAAAAAAAGAGAAAAACCCCACACAGAACCCGAUCGAAAGCAAAAUGAUGCUGGGAGCGCAAUUUCUAAUUUAUACACAAUUAUAAACAAUAAUUAAUAAAUGAAAAAGAAAAAACACACAAAAAAAACAGAUGCAACUAAAUUAAAAAUAAAAACUAAAAUAUUUUUUAAAAA